GGCUCCUGGGCGCUCCUGCAAAGUUCCUAACUUAGUCGACAUGACGCGCUGCGCAGCCAAUGGGAGGCGGAGCUGGCGUUUUGGGGGGGCGGGAGGUGGGUCCCGCGGCUCGGGUGUCUGUCCGGCUCAGUGAAUGGAGAGAGCGAGCCCCGGCCAGCUCGCCCGCCCCGCGUCCCGGCCGCCGCCGCGCAACCAAGCCCAGCCCCGCGCCCCGCGCCCCGCGCCCCGCGGCCCCCGCCACCCGCCCCAGCCCCCGCGCCGGGCCGCAGCCCACGGGGCCCGGGGACGCCCCGGCGAUGCGCAGCCGGGCAGCGUCCGCCCCGCGCAUGGAGCUGCCGCCGCCCCCGCCGCCGCCUGGCGCGCCCCGCUCCGCCCGCGCCCUGAGCGCCUGAGCGCCCGGCCCGCCCCCCGCCGCCCUCCGCGCCCGCCAGCCCGCCAGUCCGCCCGGCGCCCGCCCGCCGCCCGCGCCCGCCCGGCCCGCCGCCUCCCCGGCCGGGCCCGCACCAUGGCCCCCGCGCGCCCCGGGGUCGGCGCCGCCCUGCGCGCCCGCCUGGCGCUGGCCCUGGCCCUGGCGAGCGUCCUGAGCGGGCCCCCGGCCGCCGCCUGCCCAGCCAAGUGUACCUGCUCCGCCGCCAGCGUGGACUGCCACGGGCUGGGCCUCCGGGCGGUGCCCCGGGGCGUCCCCCGCAACGCCGAGCGCCUAUGUGUCCUGCAGAGCACUGCUGAAUCCAAAAGGUCGCUGGGAGCCCGUGCGACCCUUUGCACUCAAGUUCACACACAACCUUUUCCCCCCAGACUCCUUGCCAGUGAUGGUUGAAAGUCACAGAAAGACGUGUGGGGAAGGAGGCGGGAGGACGGGAGAACUCGCCCUCCUGCCCAGCGUUUGGAGAGGGGCCGACUCAGCUGGGCUCACGAUCCUCCAGGUGCUGGCCGGGUGCCCCAAGGCGAGCUCAUUCUUCUCGUAGGCUGUCAGCAUCACUAUACACUCAAGAUAAUGAAUCUUGACGCCCAGAUCCUCAGACUCGGACGCACCGUGCAAUCACCGAGGGAUUUGUAAAAAUUUCCCAAGCCCGGGUCCCGUCUCCAGAGAUUCUGAUGUAAUGAUUUGGGGGUGUUCCCAGGAGCUUGCCAUUUCCCAGCACCCCCCUCCCCAGGUGUUUCUGAUAUGCAGCAACAUUUGAGAAACUGACCUGAAGGAAUUCUUGGAGUCAUAGAGGAGAUUACGUAAGUUAUGUGAGACAUGCGGCACUGCACAGGCAAUGCUAAGCUAACAGUCGCUCUCCUUGCUUAUGGGGGGAGCCACCUGGCUCGCUCUGGCUUCCAGCACACCUGGCUUUGUUUGGGGUAGUCAUAGCAGUCACCAGCGUGACCCUGCUUACUUCGCCAUGCUGGGGUGGAGGUCCACCCCACAGGGCCUGGGAGAUUUGCAUUUACAGAGGUGUGCGUUUACCUUCACACCCGUGGGAUGGUUCCAGGCAGUCCAGCAGCGCGUCCUGAGAGACCCUUGUCAGAGCAGAUGCUUCUGUGUUGAGAUGGAUCGAUUUGCGGUUGACUGCCACGGCAAUAGCAGGCCUGAGCGAUGGCUUCCCAAGGGGGCAUGGGCCAGGACUCUCUGCAGGUCUGUGCUGGGUGACCCGAGCUCCGGCAAAGCACUUCACCUCGCUGGUCUGCUGUUUCCACUGAACUUGUUGCCGUCACCGUGGCUUCAACAGAAUCUACUGACUCAGUGUGUUGCUGUGACCAUUUAAAAGCAUGCCCAGAGAUCCUGUAGGAAGCAGGGUCAACUUAGGGACUUGUGCCUUUUUAAGUAAUUGAUUGAUUAAUUAACUAAUGCCCCCGGGGUUAUCUCAGGGGCUCAGUGCCUGUACUGUGAAUCCACUGCUCCCGGAGGCCAUCUUUUUUCCAUUGUUGGUGUUGUUGUUGCUGUUAUUAUUGUUGUUGUGUUGCUGCUGUUGUUGUUGUCAUGGAUAGGACAGAGAGAAAUCACGAGAGGAGGGAAGACAGAGAGAAAGACACUUGCAGACCUGCUUCACCUCUGCAGGUGGGGAGCCGGGGGGCUCGAACCAGGAUCCUUUCUCCAGGCCUCGAGUUAAAAAAAAAGAAAAGAAGAAAAUAAUAGUAAAGUAAGGCAUUUUUGGUGGUGUGUAUGGACGUCCAGGGUGCAGCUCCACUGCAGCGCAUGGAAUGGCAGGGAGUGAGCCGGAGCCUCUGGGGUCUCGUGCGUACACGCAAGUCCCGUGCUCUGAUGCUACGCGAUAUCCCCCAGCCUGUGGCCUUGCCACUCUUAGACGUGGCAAGUAGUGGCACUGAUUCUCCCAUCUGCCUCCCACCUGCCUCUCCCCAGUCCUUCCCAUCCAGACCUCUGACCCAGGGCCUCCCUGUGUCCAUGUGGGUAACACGGGGGCUGGGUGGUCUGUCACUGUGCGGACUGUCCUAUCCCUUUCAGUGUGGCCCCUGACUUCUCCCACCAGAUCCCAGGAGCACCCUUCCCUAAUCUGAUAAUCAGACCGUGUCCCCAGGCAUGGCUGAUGGUCCC